CGCUGGUCAUUGACCUUCGAAUAUGUCAUCCCACGACUUGACCGAGUUCCCCGUUCAAUCUCAUUCCUCGUCUCGCCCAUCCCUCGAGGACUCCAGUGGCUCCCCGCAUUCUGAGUUGGAGCAACGUCCACUGCCGCCCGUAGAUCAAGGCAAAAGCGCCUGGUUGAUGCUCGCUUCGUGCUGUUUGAUUCAACUGCCAGUCUGGGGGUUUUCCCUUGUUUCUGGCCUCUUCCAGGAAUAUUUUUCAACACACGAUGACCUCGAGGGAGGCAAAGGGGGCCUGGCAAUGGUGGGAACGACAUCAACGGGAAUCCUCUAUCUCCUGUCCCCGGUGACGUUCACGCUUCUGACCCGCUACCCAUAUCUCCAGAAAUACUGUGCGUCGAUCGGACUGGUCCUCAGCGUUGGCGGUUCUCUGCUCUCUUCGUUUGCCACCACCGUCUGGCAAUUGAUCGCGACUGAGGGCGUGAUGUGUGGUCUUGGAAACGGUCUCGUCUUCAGCCCCACCACCCUCUAUCUAGAUCAGUGGUUUAUUCGCCGCAAAGGCCUCGCGUAUGGAAUCAUGUGGGCUGCCAAAAGCAUCUCUGGCGUGGCUCUGCCCUUUGUGACCAGUGCCUGUCUCGAUCGUUUUGGAGCGAGGACGACGUUGAGAGCAUGGACGAUAGUCACGCUACUCACCACCCUCCUGGCACUGCAUUUCAUCAGACCACGGAUCCCCCCAGCAUCGUCGACGGUUCCACAGCCCUUGGACCUCGCUUUCUUGAAGCUCGCCACUUUCUGGAUGCUUCAAGUAGGAAAUAUCAUCCAGAGCUUCGGGUACUUCUUGCCCAGCACCUAUCUACCGUCAUACUCUACCACCGCAGCGGGUCUAUCGGACACCACAGCAACCCUUCUUCUGGCACUCUUCAACGCCACCUCCGUCGUUGGGGGGAUAGUGUUGGGGUCUCUCUGUGAUCGCUUCGCCGUUACCAACAUCAUGUUGCUCUCCUCCGUAGGCUCGGGGCUCUCCGUCUUGCUGUUCUGGGGGCUAUCAACAUCUCCCUCUUCUGGAAGCUAUUCGCAAGCUGCUAUCGCCCUUCUGGUCCUUUUCUCCAUUACAUACGGCUUCUUUGCGGGCGGUUUCAGUUCCACUUGGUCGGGAGUGCUCACCCAGAUCAAGCGCGAGGUACCCUCGUUGGAAACGGGAUUGGUCUUUGGGCUGUUGGCCGGAGGUAGGGGCAUUGGCAGUGUCAUUAGUGGUCCGCUAAGCUCAGCUCUCAUGCAACAAGGCUCUCUAACGAGCAAGGAGAGCGGAGGGAUCGGGUAUGCCACCGACUACGGGGCGUUGAUUCUAUUCACGGGCGUGACGGCUAUCUUCGGGGGAUGGAGCUGGAUCUGGCAUCAUCUGAGAGCCUGCUCUGACAGAUAGGAGUGGAAUUAGAGUAUCUUGUAAUUUAUUGCCGUUGCAAGUGUUGGUGAAUCGGAG